GCUGCGGGGGGAGCCGGUCCGACAUCAGGAGAUGCAGGGGCAGGAGAUGAAUCAGGCCGUGCAGCCACCUUGUCAGCCUGAGAUUCCCCCAGAGACGCCCCCACCGGCACCGAGGCACGACCUCCCCACCCCAGAGACCUGGCGCCAGCGCUUCCGGGCCGUCCACUGCCUGGAAGCCAAGGGGCUGCAGGAGGUUUUUAGCCGGCUGCGGGAGCUGGCCCAGCGCUGGCUGGAGCCGCAGCACCACAGCAAGGAGCAGAUGCUGGAGCUGGGGGUGCUGGAGCAGUUCCUGGCCAUCCUGCCCCGGGAGAUGGAGAGCUGGCAGUGGGGGCACGGCGUGGAGACCUGCGCUGAAGCUGCGACCCUGGCUGAGGGAUUCCUGGUGGGGCAGGAGGAAGAUGAGACGCUCCAGUGGAAAUCGUUUCAUGCUGGUCAUGGGUGCUGCUCUCCCCAUCCCAAUGUUCUUGGCGGAUGGGCCCGUCAUACUGACAGGCGCCUGGAGGAGUCAGGAGAGAUUGAAAACCUGGGGCCUUGGGACAAGUCAUCCGACAUCCCCAGAGAGGAUGCCCCGCCCCCCCGGGAGCCAGUCAGUGUUCACUGGCCCCGUUCUCCUGUCCCCGCGAGCCCUCUGAGCCCAAUACGGGGCUGGUGCAGGUGUCGGGGAAAUGAGACUCCCCAGUGGCCCCCGGCUGGCUCCGGUGCAGCUAACCCAGGGCUCUGUCCUGCUGCAGAGUCCCCUGGAACCGAGGAGACCGGGGAGGUGUCAGCAGACAACAGCUGCUCAGGCUGGUGCCCCAGACGAGGCCCUUCCCCAGGAGCAGGCUCUGACGUGGUGUGA